AUGGGGGCGGUGAGGGUAAAAGCUAUUCUUUCUCAUUGUUUGCAUUUUUCCUCCUGCCACACCCAGCUGGCCGGCCUGUACAGAUCCUCCCCGGCGCUGGGGCGCUACUUCUCUCACGCUGAGGUGCACGCUGUCAGGAACGACUCGGUCGUCUUCGAGUACCGGCUGACUUUUAUGUUCCCGGAAGAGCACCUGGAAGAGCUAAAGAAGUUCACUCUGAGCAGGGAGAUGGUAUUCAACGUGUUCAGACAGUUUCUUUAUGACCAGGAUCCCGUGGAGUCGGGGACGACCUACGUUGAUCCAGUUUCCCUCGAGAUGUUUUCAGUGCUCUGA